GCUCAUUUCCUCUUCUUCUCCCCUCUCUCAGAUAAGCUCUCUCUCUCUCUCUUCUCUCUCUCUACAUCUGAUCGGCCAUGGCGGGAGCUGCUGCUGCUGCUUCCAGAAUCUUCCAGACUUCGCUCCUCCCGCCCUUCUCCCCUCCGCUCAACAGCAAGGCCUACAAGCCUCGCUCCCGCUCCCGCCGCCGCUCCCCGCCCCGCCCCUCGCUCCCGGCGGCGGCGGCGACGGUGGUCUGCUCCGCGCCCGCCACCGACUCCGCCUCCUCCGCCGCCGCCGCCGCCAGGGCGUCGGAGGCGCAGCGGAUCCCCUGGGGGUGCGACGCCGACUCCCUGGAGAACGCGUCGGCGCUGCGGGGGUGGCUGUCGGACUCCGGCCUGCCGCCGCAGAAGAUGGCGAUCCAGCGGGUCGACGUCGGGGAGAGGGGGCUCGUCGCGUCGAAGAAUGUAAGGAAGGGCGAGAAGUUGCUGUUCGUGCCUCCUUCGCUCGUGAUCACCGCGGACUCGGAGUGGAGCUGCGCAGAGGCUGGCCAAGUUUUAAAGAAAAAUUCAGUGCCAGAUUGGCCGUUGCUUGCUACAUACUUGAUUAGCGAAGCAAGUUUGAUGGGGUCUUCUAGGUGGAGCAAUUAUAUCUCGGCUCUCCCCAGACAGCCGUAUUCACUUUUAUACUGGACGCGUGCAGAACUGGACAGAUACCUAGAAGCAUCACAAAUUAGACAACGAGCAAUUGAAAGGAUUACUAAUGUCAUUGGAACAUAUAACGACUUAAGGUCCAGGAUAUUUUCCAAGCAUCCUGAAUUAUUUCCUGAAGAGGUAUAUAAUUUGGAGACAUUCAAGUGGUCAUUUGGCAUUCUUUUCUCGCGCUUGGUCCGUCUACCCUCAAUGGAUGGAAGGGUUGCAUUGGUUCCAUGGGCAGAUAUGUUGAAUCACAGUUGUGAGGUCGAAACUUUUCUGGACUAUGAUAGUGCAUCACAGGCAGUUGUCUUCACAACUGACCGGCCCUAUCAACCAGGCGAGCAGGUUUUCAUAUCAUAUGGCAGGAAGUCUAAUGGUGAACUCCUACUGUCUUAUGGGUUUGUUCCUAAAGAGGGCACGAACCCAAGUGAUUCAGUAGAGAUAUUACUGUCACUCAAGAAAUCCGACAAAAGUUACAGCAAAAAGCUAGAAGCUCUAAGGAAGCAUGGCUUAUCUGCCUCCCAGUGUUUUCCCGUACAAAUAACCGGCUGGCCGGUAGAGUUGAUGGCAUAUGCUUAUCUAGCUGUUAGCCCGCCCAGCAUGAGCAGUCAAUUUGAGGAGUUGGCAGCUGCAGCUUCAAACAAAACAACAACAAAGAAGGACAUGAGAUUCCCUGAAAUAGAGGAACAAGCAUUGCAAUACAUACUAGACAGCUGUGAAUUGAGUAUAUCUAAGUACUCCAAAUUCUUGCAGGAGAGUGGGUUGAUGGAUUUAGACGUGACUUCUCCGAAACAACUCAACCGAAGAUUGUUUCUAAAACAGUUGGCAGUAGACUUAUGCACUAGCGAGAGAAGGAUACUUUUCCGAGCUCAAUAUAUUCUGAGAAGAAGAUUGAGAGAUCUAAGGAGCGGCGAGCUGCGAGCUUUGACAAUAUUUAAUGGGUUCAGAAAGCUCUUCAAAUGAGUAUGUGAGAAAAAUGGUGAUACUUCAAAAGGUGAACUCUCAGACUUGUUGAGAUCUCAAUGUGACCUCAGAUCAAAAUCUGACUUCGGCGUCAAUGGAGAUAUGAGGACUUCGGCAUCAACUGAGGUCAAGCAGGGAUACAAUCAUCUUACUGUCACUCUAUAAACUUUGAUUGUACUUUUAGAUUGCGAAGUAUGGAGAGGAUAGCAGAUCAGGUGUCUCGGAAUGUCAUAUUGCAACUGAUGUUGCCUGUGCUGUUUCUAACUAUCUUUUGCUUUUGAAAUUCUAGAUCAGACAGAGAAACGCUCGAUCUGUCAUUUUAUGU